UGUAUUUUUAAUCCCUGUUAUAAACAUAAAUUUCUUGUAUGCAAGAAACUAGUUAACCUUAUAAGUGUUAUGAGAAUAUCAGUGUCCGUGCUAGAUUUUGUCGUAUUGUAGUUAAUUUUAGUGGUUAAACAUGAGUUAUAAUUCGGGUGGGAGUGGGAGCAAGGGCUUCGGGUUCGCCGGUUUCGCGAUGCCGAAGCGAAACCCGUCUAAUGUGUCCCUACACGCCGUGCCUCCCCCGUCAUCGCAGAUGAAUGCGGUGCCGCCGCCAAGCUCGGGGCUGUCCAAACAGGGCUACUCCACUAUGACAGCGAUAACUCAGAACGCUGUGACGGGCAACUGGGGUACAUUGGGCAAGAAACGGUCUAAGACUGAGGACGAAUAUUUUGAUGAGGAUGAUGAACCCCCGACCCCAGCGUUGGCCUACAUCCCGGCACCAGGCAGCCCAACCUAUGAGGCUGCUGCCAGAGCUAAGCAGGCGGAAGAUGAAGAAGAAGAUCCUCUGGACGCCUUCAUGGCGGGACUUGAGCAGCAAGCAGCCAAGGACCUGGUUCAGAGCAAGGAGAACGCGUGCAAGACGGAUUCGGGCCGCGGCGCGAGGAACGACAUCGACGAUAUGGAUGACGAGGAGAGCUAUUACAAGUACAUGGAGGACAACCCGCUCAACAACGCCGACGACGGCUCCGACGUCGAAAUAGAGUACGACGAGGACGGCAACCCCCUAGCACCCCCCAAGAAGAAGUUCAUUGACCCCCUGCCCCCCAUAGACCACUCCGAGAUCGAAUACGAACCGUUUGAGAAGAACUUUUACACGCCUCAUGAAGAUAUCGAGAAGUUAGACCAUCAGCAGGUUGAGGAUUUGAAGAAAACACUUGGAAUCAAGGUGACAGGCCCAGACCCGCCCAAGCCCGUCACCAGUUUUGGUCACUUCGGAUUCGACGAGCAACUUAUGAAGGCGAUCCAGCGCUCAGAAUACACGCAACCUACGCCAGUUCAGGCCGCGGGUGUGCCCGCUGCACUCUCGGGAAGGGACCUUAUUGGUAUUGCUCGUACUGGUUCGGGUAAAACAGCAGCUUUCCUCUGGCCUUUACUGGUCCACAUCAUGGACCAAAAGGAGCUUGCUCCGGGCGACGGGCCCAUCGGCCUUAUACUGGCACCCACCAGAGAAUUAGCACAGCAGAUUUACAUGGAGGCAAAGAGGUUUGGCAAGGUGUACAAUAUCAGAUGCGUGUGCUGCUACGGUGGCGGCUCCAAGUGGGAGCAAACCAAAGCUUUAGAGGGUGGCGGUGCCGAGAUAAUAGUGGGUACGCCGGGGCGAGUCAUCGAUCUAAUCAAGUGUAAAGCGACCAACCUCCAACGCGUCACCUACCUAGUGCUCGAUGAGGCUGAUCGCAUGUUCGACAUGGGUUUCGAGCCCCAAGUCCGGUCAAUCUGCAACCACGUGCGUCCCGACCGGCAAGCGCUGUUAUUCUCGGCCACGUUUCCUCGCCGCGUGGAGCGGCUGGCACGCGACGCGCUGCACGACCCGGUGCGCGUGCAGCACGGCGCCGCCGGCGAGGCCAGCGCGCUCGUCACGCAGCGCGCGCAUAUAUUCAACAAGCCGGAGGAGAAAUGGACGUGGCUACUGAAUAAUCUAGUCGAGUUUCAGUCUGCGGGCAGUGUUCUAAUAUUCGUCACUAAAAAGCUGGAAGCGGAGCAAGUGGCAGCAAACCUGGGUGUCCAGCAAUACGACGCGUUAUUACUACACGGAGACAUGGAACAAGCAGAUCGUAACAAAGUCAUCACGGCGUUCAAGCGUCAGGAGGUCAACAUUCUCGUCGCUACUGAUGUUGCUGCGCGCGGUCUCGACAUCCCACACAUCCGCACCGUUAUCAACUACACUGUAGCGCGAGACGUGGACACACACACGCACAGAGUGGGUCGAACUGGCCGCGCCGGCGUCCGCGGCGACGCCUACACCUUACUAGAGCGCGCCAAGGACAAGGACUUCGCUGGACACUUGCUUAGGAAUCUGGAGCAGGCUCAACAGGAGGUCCCUGAGGAUCUGAUGCACUUAGCGAUGCAGUCCGCGUGGUUCCGCAAGUCGCGCUUCAAGAAGGGCAAGGGCAAGAACCUGAACAUCGGGGGCUGUGGCCUUGGAUAUAAGGAGCGGCCAGGGCUACCAGCUCACACAGACGAGCCGACAGUAGCGCCCCCUACUGAAAAGGCGGGCGGGCCCGCUACGGACCGACUGUCGUCACUCAAACAGGCUUUCCGCUCGCAAUAUAACCAGUUCACGGCCUCAUCCGACCACUCCUGGGAGCAGACGCUGCAAAGCACAAUCCAGCCCGGUGUGAACGCGCCGGCGCGGCAGGAGGACCGCGUGCGCAAGAGCGGCAAGCGCAGCCGCUGGGAGUAGCGCAGGGGACUGCUCUCGGACCGGUAUUCUUCCUUGUUCACGAUUAUUUCCGAGUACCGCAAGGCAAUUUUGGGAUCGCUUUUGUUUCUAGUUCACAGUUUAUCUCGGAGCACCGUAAGGCAAUAUGGGUACGUUGUUAUUCUUCAUUAAUUGGUGUCGCUCAAAGAGUUAUUCUUGUCUCGAUAUUGUAGAAUUUAGUAGACCGGCAAGCGCAGUAGGAGUAGCGCAGGUUUGCACACUCGGUAUUGUAUCUCGUUGUUUGGAGUACCACAAGGCAAUUUUGGGACCGCUACUAUUCCUUGUUCAUACUUAUCUCGGAGUGCCACAAGGCAACAUUAGCAACAUAGGACCGAUACUGUUCGUCGUUCAAGUUUAAUGAGUACCUCAAGGCCAUCUUGGAUCGCUAUACAGUCAGCCACUGAGAUUUACUAAUAUGAACGGAAAUGGUUAAAGUCACAUCACGAAUUUUGUUAUUAAUUCUUCAGAGUUAAGAGUGGUAAUGGCAUGUGAAAUACUGGAUUCACAAAACUUGCAUAUUGUAUCAAUCUCAAGUCGGACUGUUUUCUAAAAUUGUGUAUGUUGAGUUUGUCUGUAAUACUUAGGGCAUUGUGGUGUUAUUUAUAAGUUUUCAUUUCUCCAGUACCUAAUAAUGGGACUUAGGCCCACUUGCACCAUUCCACUAACCCGGGGUUAACCGGUUAAAUCUGGAGUUACCAAGGUUACCAGUACAAUUUGACACUGGGUUGACGGUUAAACCGCUUAACCCCGGGUUAGUGGGAUGGUGCAAGUGGGCCUUACGGGACUAACUAGAUUUUCUUAAAGUAAGAUUGAUAAUAUUAUUUCACGUGUUUAAAUAACAAAAGGCACAAUUUUGUAAAUAUGUUGUUUGUUUGUUUCAAAUAUAAAAUUCGAUUCGAUGUUGUGUAUAAAAUUAUGACAUCUAUGAGUUACUUAUAUGUGAUCCGCCAUAAGGUACCUUUUGCCGUGGAACCUCACAUUAUGAUUACACAUGACUUAUACAUGAGUUUUAUGAAAUAGGUCCCAAGUAUUAGAAAUGUGACCUUGUAAAUGAAUAUAAGUAAAACAAUGUAAUUAAAAACUUAUUGUAAUGUUACAAUUACCUUCGGUAGUGGAUAUCGUAUAAAUGGUCGUUCGAAAAUGUAAUCUAAAGUUUUUAAAAUAGGGCACAUAUUUGAUAAGUUAAACUACAAAGAUAUGAAGAUAUUAAAUGGAUUGAUAUACAAAAAAGCAUUAAGGUCUAAGUAUAGAGUGGGUUUAUAAAAUAUUAACUCACAGUACAAAUAAUCCUCAAACUGUGAAUAGUACAUUAUUGUCGAGGCUCGGAAGUAGCUACUUGCAGGCUGAGGAUUCGUUUUAAACGGACGACCUUGGGAGUCCGUUUAAUUGAAUCCGAAGCCAGCAAGUAGCCUUCCAGCCGAGUCAUAUAUAGUGCUUUUCUCAAAAAUGGUGCAAGAAAUAUAAAUAUCAUAGAAAUAUUUUACAAAACCAACGUUCUUACGUAUAUAUUUUCACAGAAAAAAGUCCUUGCCGCCUUUUUAUUUUUUUAAUAAAAAAAUAGAAGUGUAUUUUUCUGCCGAAAAUACGCCAACCUAUUUGAGACAACUAAAUAGUCGCGGUACUAAUCAUCUGUUUGGCUGUUUAAUGGGCCUGUGCCUUCAUUUAAUAUGGCCAUAUCAAAUUUUAAAAAGUUUGGCACUCGACAAAUAAUGGAAUUUGUAUGCAACAUUGCAGUCCCAAAAGCGAGACUGCAAUGUUUUUAACUUUUUAAUUUUUGAGUGACCAUAAACUACGCGCUUCGCGACCUAGUUUUUAGACGGCAAAGUCGACCUUGCCGUCCAUUUUUGAGAAAAAAUUAUUUUGAUAUUCGAUAGUUUUGUCUAGGCCUAUGUCUACUAAUGUAGAAGUUGCGGAAAGUUAGAAAAGAUCCAGGGAAUUUCAGGAAAUUUUAACAGAAAACGUGGGAAACUUUAUUUAUGGGAAUUGAAAAUUAUAUAAUAAUGAGUUUUGUGAUUUUUUCCAUAUGGAAAUUUUAAAAUCACUAAACUUUUUAAAACAAAGUCUCCCGCGUCUGUCUGUUUGUGUGUUUGUUUGUAUGUUCGCGAUAAACUCAAAAACUACUGGACGAAUUUUCAUGCGGUUUUCACCUAUCAAUAGAGUGAUUCUUGAGGAAGGUUUAUUUGUUUAUUAUUAUAAUUGUAAACCCGUGCGAAGCCGGGGCUGGUCGCUAGUUUUGGAUAUUUUCUGACGUCACAUUAGUACCUACGGUCAAGGUCUAGAACUUUUAGCACUUUCUUUGUAAAAAAAAAGUAAAUCGGUGCCAGAUUUACCUCUACACGAAUACCUAAGGAAUUUAUUAUAAACGGUACAACGAUGCCUUAUGUGUGGGCUUGUGUAUAACAUAGUAGGACAGAAAUAUUGUAUGUGAAUGAAUUUUUAAUUUAACUCUUAUGUAAAUAAUAAUAAAGUCCUAUUUCAAGUGA